UUUAUGCUCAUGUGACCAAUUCAAGAUGUCCGCGCCCUUCAGAUUGGAGGCGUGACGUCGCUAGAGACAGAUCAAAACAGCUCGUCAAGUCUGCAAACUCUCAUUCAACUCUUCCUUGACACUUCUUUGACUCUGCCAACGAUGGAUAAGGACAGUCUGAUUCUCCCCAAAGACUUCCCAGAGCUGAAGAACGACACGUUUCUGAGAGCGGCUCGAGGAGAAGAGCUUGAGCACAUUCCAGUGUGGUGUAUGAGACAGGCUGGCCGCUAUCUGCCAGAGUUCAGGGAAUCGAGGGCAGGGAAGGAUUUCUUUGAGACAUGCCGCUCUCCUGAAGCUUGCUGUGAGCUUACUCUACAGCCACUCAGACGAUUCCCAUUUGAUGCUGCCAUCAUCUUCUCUGACAUCUUGGUGGUCCCUCAGGCCAUGGGAAUGGAGGUUCAGAUGUGUCCAGGAAAAGGCCCCACAUUCCCAGAACCACUGAAGGAGCCUGAAGAUCUGCAGAGACUAAAGACUAAAGUGGACGUGUCGUCUGAACUCGACUACGUGUUUAAAGCCAUCACACUGACACGACACAGAAUAGAGGGGAAAGUUCCUCUCAUCGGCUUCACUGGAGCUCCGUGGACUCUGAUGUCCUACAUGAUUGAAGGAGGAGGCUCCGUGACGCACUCCAAGGCUAAACGCUGGCUCUACAGGUAUCCAGAGGCCAGCCACAAACUCCUGAGCCAGCUGACAGACGUCAUCGUGGAGUAUCUGCUCGGACAAGUGCAAGCUGGAGCUCAGGCUCUGCAGGUUUUCGAGUCUCACACUGGUUGUUUGGGUCCAGUGGAGUUUAAAGAGUUCUCUCUGCCAUACCUGAGAGACAUUGCUCGCCGUGUUAAAGACCGGAUCAAAGAAUCUGGUUUGGACAACGUGCCUAUGAUUGUUUUUGCUAAAGAUGGUCACUAUGGGCUUGAGGACCUCUCGGAGUCUGGUUAUGAAGUGGUGGGUCUCGACUGGACCAUAGAUCCGCGUUCAGCACGUGUCAGGACUGGAGGAAAAGUUAGUUUGCAAGGCAACAUGGAUCCCUGCGCUCUAUACGCCACAAAGGAGCGAAUAUCAGAGAUCGUGAAGAGGAUGUUGGAGGGCUUUGGCACCAAGGGCUACAUCGCUAAUCUGGGUCACGGUCUGUACCCUGAUAUGGACCCAGAAAAUGUGGGCGCGUUCGUAGAGGCCGUUCACACCCACUCUCGCCAGCUCCUCAACCGCAAAUAAAACUCUAAUCUGCUAUCAGAAGACCUGAAGCACAGGAGAAACUACUUCUUUUUAUUUCACACCGUAUUGUUAAAUAUAUAAUAUACUUUUUGAUUUGAAUAAUUAACUUUCAUUUAAUAAUUAAUUAGUUAAUAAUUAAUUUCUUUUUUUUCCUCCUAAUGAUUUUGUGGUGAAAUGUGACCCAGAUAUUUCCUGACAGUCUUUUGAGAGAUUCGCCUGCUCUCAACUCAUCUCAAUGAUUAUAUAGUAUUUAAGACUAUUUUACCUACUUUUAAUAAUGGCUCCACUCUAAUCCAUCUAAUCUUUAAUAUAAUUUUCAGUCGAAACGCGUCUUUCUCGGUUGGAUUGAUGUGUUUUCAUUAGAGCCGAUGCACUGUACGAUCACAGAAGAAUGUGGAUGGAUGAAAUCUGAUUAAAUCCGAAGCUCUGUAUGGUUUGUUUUUAACGCAGUGCCAUAGUAACAUCUGGGCUGAGACUGUCUUGACUGGAAUUGUGACUGACGCUAAUGAACCUCCGAGAAUGUGUGUACAUAUCAAUGGCUGUUUUAUAUGACGCAAAAUAAAGAGUGAUCCUUUUAAGACAAA